AUGAUAAUAAAAAACAACGAAUAAAGAGCAUCGAUAAAUAAAUCUCAAAUAAGUAUUGUCAGCCCAAUUAGAAAGUAAUAAAGAUUUUUACUCUCUCUAGAUCUUCAUCUACAUUUUUGUUAACAUCAAAUUAAUACAUUAAGAGCUUUAAAGAAAUCAGUCCAAAACAAUAAGAAUUGAAUCGGGUUCUAAAUUACAAUAUAAAUUAAUCACAAUCUGCCAAUUCAUCAAUGUAUUCUAUUGAAUGUACUACAACCUAAUCUAAAAACAAAAAUCGAAUUAAUUUAGGUGAUAUUAGUUCAAAAUUUAUGUAACUAGAUGAUGAAAUAAUAGAAGUUUAUAGUGAAUUUGAAAAAAACUAUAGAUCUAUUAAUUAAUUAGAGAAGUUAGAACCUAUUUCUUAUUAGAAUAAUUAGUAUUUAGAAAUUAAACGUAAAAACACAAAUUAAUUAAUUCAAACUCAUGAUAGUUUAAUAUAAUCAGAUCUAAUGCAUGGAGAUUAAAAUCGAAUUAAAAUAACUAGAUUUAAAUUUAAUUAUUUUAGAAUGAAAUUAAGAGGCAAAGUAUCUCCUAUUCAUGUCUUUUUUAAUGUUCCAGAUAGAGUUUAAACAUCAUCUCUAAAAAUAUUCUUAUCUACAAAAGCAGAAUUUCCUACUAAAUUCAAUGCUGAAUAUAUUAUACAUUCUCGCUUUGCAAAAAUCUAUUCAGAAAAAAAUUAACAUUAUUUCAGUGAAGAAUAUUUAUUUAUUACUCUUUAUUCAGAAAUUGAUUUUGAAUUCUCUAUUAACUUUUCAUUUGGUAAUUCAUAAAUAAUCAAAUCUCCUGUUAAAUAAUAAUUAGAGCCUUCUGAAUUAAUUUAAGACAAUUACCCUUUAACUCAUAAACCUCAACCAAAAGAUAAGAUUUUAGGAAAUCUUUCAGUAACACACCACUAAGUUAGCCAUAGAUUAAAUAAGAUACUUUCAGUAUAAUCAGAAAGAUUAUAAAAAUAAAAAAUGGCUAAAUCUAUGAGAUAAUCUCUUAUAGAAGAUAAAUAAUUAGAUAAAAUAUCAAAAUUAUUAGUAAAGGAUUAAAUAAUUUAAUUUAGAGAAAUUGAAAAAUAAAUUAAAUAGAAAAAGGCAUUAGUAUAAUUUGCUUAAAAAAAUUGGAUUCAAAUAUUUGGUUUAUUCCUUAUUACUGAAUAUAUAUAUACAUGCUUAUAAGAAUAAAGAAGAAAAUAAAAAGUUGUAGCAAAAGGAAAAUUAUUAGUAUGGGCACUUAAAACAAAAGCAUUGAUAGAUGUUAAAGAAUAUGGUGAAAAUGCAAAAGAUAGAACAAUAUUUAAAUGUAGAUGUGUUAUCAAUAGCUUUACAAGUAUAAUUAGAUCUAAAACAAAAUAAAAAGCUGAAUUUGUUAUCACUAAAUUUAUGGAUAGAAUUCUUCUUUUUUUAACAAUUCUCAACAAACAUCAAAGUACACUUAAUAAAGGUACAAAAUUUUAUAAUAUUUUAUAUAGUAAUGUUUAUAUAAAGAAAGUUUCGUCUUCUCAAAACAAAAAAAAGAUUAUUCAGAGAUAAAUUUUGGAAAUUAAUCAAAGAAAAUAUUGCUGAUAUUGUUUAUGAUUUAAAAAGAUAAAAAGAAAACUAAUUCUUUUUUGAAAAACAACAAGUAGUAAUUGAUGUGUAAAAUAUAUAUCUCAUUUCUUUAGACCUGUUAUGAAUUAAGUGAUUGAUGAAUACAACAAAAAAUAAAGAAUUCUUUGGAUUGAAUACAUUUAACAUACAUAUUUAGAAAAAGAUUAAAAAAGAGUAUAUAUUUAUUAUUAUUUAGAAAAUCCAUGAAACAGCACUUAAUUUGAAAGAGCCUAAAAUUUAUGAUUUACCAAAUAGAAAUGAGCUUAGUCUUCUUAUAGAAUAAUAUGCCAAAUUAAAAAAAAUACUUUGA